AUGGUCUUCUCACGCCUAGUGGGAGCCGUCUCCCUCCUGUCUUUCGCUCUUAAUACUAUCGCUGCUCCUCACGCCGUCCAGUUCUCCAAGCGCGCCGACACCGUCAAGUUUGAGAUUGACCUCACCUGGGAAGAUGUAUCACCAAUUGGUGACUCGAAGAAGGGUAUCCUGGUCAAUGGCACUUCUCCAGGUCCUGCCCUGAAGGCCAGCGUUGGCGACACUGUCGAGUUCCUCGUCCACAACAACCUCGAGACCGAGACCACCAUUCAUUUCCACGGUAUUACCCAGGCCAAGACUCCCUGGGCCGACGGUGUCCCAGGUCUAACUCAGAAGCCUAUUCAACCUGGCGAGUCAUUCCUCUACAAGUGGGAGGCUGAUGAGUCUGGUGUCUACUGGUAUCACGCCCACUACCGCUCUCAGAUCAUGGAUGGUUGCAUGGGAGCCAUUGUUAUCAAGCCCAAGUCAGAUGCUAAGCGCCCAUGGAGCUUUAUCAGCAACGAUACCGAAGUUCAGAAGCAGUUGACUGCUGCUGAUGAUACCCUUGAGCCCGUCUUCGUGUCCGACUAUGUGUCCCGCACAUCCGAGGAAUUCCACGAUGCUGAGAUCCAGGGCAACCUUGAUAUCGCCUGCGCUGAUGCCAUCAUCAUCAACGGCAAGGGCUCCCGCAUCUGCAAGUCCCAAGAUGAGAUCAACGCUCUGACCAGCCCUCGUUAUAACAACCUCCUGUCUGGUGAGGUCAACCAGCUUACGCUCAAGGGCUGCCUGCCACCUCUGCCUCAGACCCAGGGUGCCAACUUCACCUUCGAUGUCAAUGCCAUCCCAUCUGAUGUGUACUUCGACUGUGAACCCACCGAGGGUGAGCAGGCAACGAUCGAGGUCGAUGGCUCCAAGGGUUAUGCUGCCGUGACCUUCAUCGGCUCUGCUGGCUUCGAGCUCCUCAAAUAUACCAUCGAUGGCCACAAGUUCUGGGUUUAUGCGCUGGACGGCCACUACAUCGUUCCCCAACUCGUUGACACUGUUGUCAUCAACAACGGCGACCGUAUCUCGUGCAUGAUUCCUCUGGACCAGACGCCUGCCGACUACACCAUCCGUGUGACCAACCAGGGUCUUAACCAGAUCAUCUCCGGUUUCGCCACUCUUAGCUACAAGGGCUCCGUCGGUGCUGCUGCCGAGGGCGACUCUCUCGCCAUCAUGAACUAUGCCGGCACCAACUCGACCCUCCCUAAGAUGUUCGCCGCUCCCAAGGCUGCUCCAUACCCUCCCCGUGAGAUGGCCCAGACUCCUGACCAAACUUUCGUCUUCACCAGCAAGAAGUUGACAAAUCCCUUCACCUGGACUCUGACGGGCAAGGAGUCGUUCAAUGUCACCCGUGAGGACGAGACCCCUCUCCUCUUCCAGCAACCUAAGGAUGUCCCGAAUGACGAGGUCAUCAUCCGUACUGAGAUGGGCCAAUGGAUCGAUCUCAUCAUCAAGAUUGCUGGCCCUCUUGCCCAACCUCACCCUCUGCACAAGCACGCCAACAAGCUCUACGUUCUCGGCCAGGGUGUUGGUGACUUCCCAUUUGCAUCUGUUGCCGAGGCCCAGGCCUCUGGUACUCUCCCUCCCACUGCCUUGAACCUGCAGGCCGCACCUUACCGUGACGGGUAUACCACCAGCCCGGCGGAGGGCAACAGCUCUUGGAUCGCGCUCCGCUACCAUGUCGAGAUUCCAGGUGCAUGGCUCUUCCACUGCCACGUCCAGACCCACAUGAACGGCGGUAUGGCGUUCGCCAUCCUUGACGGUGUCGAUGAAUGGCCAGAGGUCCCAGAGGCCUAUCUCAACGGCACUGGCCUCACCAAUACCCUCGAGAAGAAGGGCAAGGUCCACCCAGCCUCAUAA